UCAUCGCGAAGACGGACGAUGACGUCACCGCUACACGUGCGCGCGCGCGCGCGCACACCCGCUGGACGCGCGUACUGACAGUAGCGUCGACGAAAUUCAAGGUCCUCGCAGGCGCGCAUGCGCACGAAGCGACGGCGCAUGCGACUUCGUCUGACCGUGUGUGACAUCACGCUUCAUUGUUGGAGGUUUACGUCAUUCUCCUGAAUCCGUUCAGCGAGGAGAGUGUGCGUGGUGCGCGGAGAUAACGGACGGGCGUGCGCGCGCACGCACGCACGCACGCACGCACAACCUCCUUUUCGUCGCGGAAAAGACAACAAGCGAUAAAAUGUCGCCCACGUCGUCGCUGACCUGUGCGAGUUUCAAUCGCAUGCUGUCCCGACAUUAAAUCGGAAACGACAACGAAUAGAGUUUCUAGUGUUUUCACUGUCAAAACUCGCUUCGGUGGGCGCGUGUACACAGUCAGGGAUCGCGAAUAAGACGCUAAGAUUUUUCACUGACAUACAUUUUACAAGUGAAAUUCCAGCCAAGAUUUUCGUGCAAUUCGACUUCAACUUGGUCAUUAUUGCUCGCCGCAAAUCACCAGUCGAAGAUGUAAUUGAAAGAUCGGCCCUUUCUUGCCAUCUCCUCUCCAGGUAAAGCUUUUAAUGUGAAAAGACAAGAAGUUCGACUCUGUUACUCUCUUGGUGGUGUAAACAUGCUAGCAUGUCUAACAAAAAUGUCGUCGAGGAAACUAUGAAAGUCCAGAUCGAGAAAUUUAUAGAUACAUUCAUACUUCUGGAAGCAAGAAUUUAAAUCGAUUGUAUAGUUUUAAAUGAUGAGGAAUAUUUAUCGGCAGAUCUUAACUAAAUGUAAAUUCAACAGUCAGCUGUGUAUCCUGUAUACAAGAAAUAUACGUGAUGCUGUUGUUCCUAAACUGUUUACAGCUGCGCAACAAGCUGCAGCGCGACACUGAGGACUGUCCUGAAUGUAUCGGUGUCUGUAUAAUGUUAGAAGAAUUCUGUAUAUUUGCCACAGAACUGGCACGUCUGUGCGAGCGAGGAACGGCAGCUGUUCCUAUGAACGCAUCUCGUUCAUUAUACGGUAAUGGAAAGGACACUAAUCACAAAACUGGUUCAAAAAGGAUGGCAUAUGAGGUAUUUUUGGGCGGGUCUUGCAAUCCAACCACCUGGAGGUCAGACAUAGCAAUUCCGACCCUUCAGAAUCUCGGAAUUACUUAUUACAAUCCUCAAGUGUCGCAAUGGGGUCCUGAGCUAAUAGCCCAGGAGUACGAGGCGAAGCAGACGGCGCGGGUGUUGCUAUUUGUUAUCGAUAAUCAGACGCGCAAUAGCGCGGGCAUCAUCGAAGCGGCUCAACUGGCAGCUACACGCAGUGAAUCCCUGGUCCUCGUCAUUUAUCCGUAUCGUCAGGGACAGACUAUACUCGGAGAGACCGUUUCCAUGCAAGAAUAUCAUGAUUUGAUGAAUGGAUUGCUGGUACUUCAGUAUCUAAUGGAGAGGCAAAGGAUACCGAUAUUCGAGAGCGUUUCAGUUGCUCUUCAUUGCACAUCCAAGAUGUUACGUGAAGAGAUCAAUGUGCAGGAUUGUACAGAUUUAUAUACUGAAGAUGGCAUUAGACCUAUAAGAAUCUCGCUUACCCAAAAUGGGACAGAUACAGUAACAUUGCGAGAGAUUUUCAAAUCUAUGAACGUUGAUGACAGCGAUACGGUAAAAUUGGGAGAAGCUUGGGUAAUGUUGCAGACAAACACAAUGUGUAACAACAUGCCUCUUUCGGAUUUGCUCAACAUGGUGAAUAAAUCCGAGAUGUACAGGACAUUGAUAGAUGAAUUUUCGGCGAAAGGCGAUCCGACAGAAUUUCGAAUCAAUUUCGAGCAGUUCUGCGCUCUGGCUAGCGAGACGUCGUGGACGCGGAUGAAGAGUAAUGGCGUUUCUUGCGAAAGUGAGAUACCUUCAGUAUGGAAUAUAUUUUGUAGGAAGGCUUCAAAUUUUCUGCGCCGAGCUAUUGUACAUCCCUUUAAUCGUUUUCUAGACUGGACCAAUUCCUUCACACAAGAGUCUGAGAAAAGAGAUAUUUAUAUCGGUGUGGUCAAUAAAGAUCUGUUUUGGUUGGAAUCUUCUGCAGUGCCGCUGUUAGAAUCCAUGAGAUUGUCUCUAUAUCGAUCGAGCCUGAAUGAGUACAAUGUAAGGAUAUUGCCGCAGGAAUUACACAAGAUGAAAAAUUCGCGGCUGAUCCUGCUGAUAGUGCCGCAGCACUCGCGCGGCAUCGCCAUUAUGGCGUUGGCAGCUCAUUUGAUUGGACUGCGCGCUAAGCUCGUCCUUUGUGUCCAAACUCUUCCCGAGGAUACGAUUGUGUCUGGUGAACAAUUGACUGAACAAGCCAGAAAAGAUUACAAUCGAGGAAGAAUGUACCUAUCGGAUUAUGCAACGCGCGAAGGUGUACCUGUUUUUCAGAAUAUCGCUGAUGCCCUGCAACAUGCGAUACAGUUAGUUCAAAGUCCUUGUUGACUUAAUUGCUCUUUACUGUUUUUUCUAUUAUUUUCAUACAAAUAAGCUCCAUGGUUCAAUGACUAAUUUAUUUUUAUUUUUAACAAUGUCCAGCUACCAUUUGAGAUCCAUGCUACGGUACAUAUCAUAGGUAUAAUAAUGAUGAUGUUGAUAAUGCUUGCAUUGCCAUUAUUAUUUCUAUAAAGAGUAAUUACACGCUACUCGUAGUAAAUCGUGUCGUCUUGA